AUGCAAAACGGUUAUGUGAACAAUCCCAUGAUGGCAAAUACAUUAUUAAGGCGGGGAAGUAUUCCAGCUAAUGUAAUUAAUUCUGAAAUGAUGCAACAGCUAAUAACAGGAACAGUUAAUGGAAUUCCAACACCCCAAAUAUCUCAAGGACCAAUUAUAAAUGGAUGUAAUAAAAGAAAUGAAGUAUAUAGAUUUACCUCAGAUCAUCCAUUAUAUAGUAUAGCAAUGUCAAAUAAAGAUAAAAUUCGAAUAUGUAUAGGUAGUAUUCAUUUAAAUAAAGAAAAUUUUCAUAAAAAUAAAUUACAAAUUGUGGAUAUUAAUGAUGAAAGUAAUAAAUUUGAAUUAAAAGAUACAAUUGAUCAUGAAUAUCCUUCUACUAAAGUUUUAUUUAGUCCUGACUCAUCACUUCAAAAUGAAUUAUUAUGUAGUACAUCAGAAUGCCUUAAUCUUUACAAAGUUAAUGAUGAUGGUAAAAUAUCAUUAGUUGGUAAACUUCAUUCGAAACUUAAUACAGAAUAUAAAGGGCCAUAUACUUCAAUGGAUUGGAAUCGUGUUGAUCCAACACUAGUAGGCGUAUCAUCAACAGAUACAACAUGUGUUAUAUGGCAAAUUGAAACAGGACAAGUUGUUGGAACAACAUCUUCUGUAGGAACUGUACAUAAACAAUUAAUAGCUCAUGAUAAAUCUGUAAAUGAUUUUGCCUUUGGUCCAUAUAAUGUAGGUAAAGAUACAUUUGUAUCGGCAGGUUCUGAUUCAAGUAUACGACUUUUUGACGUAAGAGAUUUAAAAAGUUCAACAAUAUUAUAUGAAGAACCAAGUAAAGCAUCAUUAGUUAGAGUCCAAUGGAAUCCAACAAAUGAAAAUUACCUAGCAACAUUAGCAUCUAAUAGUAGUAGGAUCUCCAUUAUUGAUAUAAGAAAACCAUGUACUUUAAUGAAAAAAUGUGAAAAUAUGUUAUCAAAUAUCAAUGCAAUUGCAUGGUCACAGUCAUCCAAAUGGAAUAUAUGUUCUGGUGGGGGUGAUAAACAAGCGUUGAUAUGGCAAUUGAAAGAGGAUAGUAGUGAUGGUAUCUCAUGGAGAACAUAUUGUGCUGAAAGUGAGAUUUGUAACAUAUUUUGGGGUACCAAACAUUCCGAUUGGAUAUGUAUUGCUUUUGAUAAAUCUUUUGAAAUAUUACAUGUUUAA